CGUCAGGCCCCUGGCCCCACGCAAGGCGGAUUUCUGUCCGCAGCCUGCUCUCGUGCCAGGGCGGAGAAGCUGUUUCUCUGACCUAAAGUUUCAUUGGGUAUCGCACUACUAGAAGGGGCGGCGCUGCCGUGACGGACAGAGAAGGAAAUAAAAGUGAAAGCCUAUUGGGAUUAGAAGCGGUUACUAUUACGAAGAAUUCGCAAUGGGCCCAUUCUGCACGGGACGCUAAGCCAUAUGAUGGCCGACAACCACGAAGCUACAUUACCCAGAAUCCGGAGGAAUGGAGGAACUGGCCAACGACGCUCAAAUUGCCUGGUGCUGUGUCCUUGAUAGACUAUGAAAUGUAGGCCCAGAGAAGAAAAGAGACUUGUCCAAGGUCACAGAGCCGACAAUAAAAGUUAGAGGGUGACAGAAAGAAUGAUCUAACUUUUCAGAUUAACCCUAAACCCAGGACUGUUAUCACCACUUACGGAAGCGAAAAUCCUGCCCUUUGUGCUCUUAUUUCUUAAUGGAGUUUCCAGGUCCAAGCAAAGAGAAUGGAAGUAACAGUUUUGUUUUUCUUAGUGUUAGUAGUUUAGGACCCUAACACAGAGUAAGAUGUGCCCCAUCGAUCCUAGAAACCCUGUUAUGAGUUCCAGAGAUGGCAAGCAAUUUGGCCAAGUCUUACUUGGCCUAGACUCCAAAUUUCUCCUCCCUUCCUACAACACCAUCACUUGAGAUUGUUUCAGUAGUUGUGCCCUACCUUUCCGAAUUCUGAGGGCCAGAUUCUGCUGGCUGGGAAACCUGGAAAAGAGAGGCAAGGACCAUUCAGGAAGUGGGGGGGACUGCCAACCACCACCUGCCGGAAGUGCCUUUUCGUGAGUACCUGGCUGUUCUUGCAACUCCGCUCUCCAACCCCCGGUUCGACACUGCAACAUGCUUCUCAUUCAGCUCCUCCACUUAGCUGUAAAAAUGCAUUAAUCAGAACUGCCUGGCAUCUUCCUGAGCAAGACUUUCAGUAGGACCGAGUAUGCUUCAUUUCAUCCAGAAGUUUUCUCAAGCAUCUUCAAAGAUGCUGAAGUACCCUUUCCCAGUCCGAGUAGGAGCCAGCAGAAUAGAAACACUUUCUCUCAAGACAUGUCACCAGCAGAACUUUCCCCCUUUGUUUCCAAGGCCUUGGUUUUUCUCUUCAUUACUAGUGUACAUGAGGAAGACACAAUACUAUCAUACUUCCCCAUGCAGCUUUAAGAAGCAGAAGCAAGAAAUACUUCCAGCCAAGCCAGCAAGCACCAUCACUUACCUGCUUGAUAGCCCAAAGCCAGCAUUGUACAUAACUCUGGCAGGACUAAUCCCCUUUGUUGCUCCACCACUGGUCAUGGUGAUGACAAAGGCUUAUAUCCCCUUAUUAGCUUUUACUCAGAUGGCUUAUGGAGCCAGUUUCCUAUCUUUCUUGGGAGGGAUCAGAUGGGGUUUUGCUCUGCCAGAAGGUAGUACAGCCAAACCAGACUUCCUCAAUUUAGCUAAUAGUACAGCUUCUGUUGUGUUUUCAUGGUUUGCUUUCCUUAUUUCUGAAAGACUCAGUGAAGCUAUAGUCACAGUAAUAAUAGGUUUGGGGAUAGCAUUACACAUUGAACUUUUUCUCUUGCCACAUUAUCCCAAUUGGUUCAAAGCCCUUAAGAUAGUAGUCACUUUAGUGGCCUUGUUUUCAUUUAUAAUCACAUUAUUAGUUAAAGAUAUUUAUCCAGAGAAAGGACCCAAGAGACCUGGUCAAGUAGAAUAAAUACAAAACUACUCUCUAGGUGACGUUAGCAUGUUGGCUAUAAGCCUUGGAAGGCUGUAUUUUGGCAUCACUUUUUUAUACUUCUCCUGUUUAACAGCUUUUUUCCUCCAUCAACGUUUAUUUCUUCUUCACAGAUUUUUUUUCAUUUCUUUAUUUCAUAGGAAUUACCUGACAAUAGUUUGAAAAUCCCUAACAAGUCAUUUUCACUUUAGAUUACAGUUUUUAGUCUUUAUGAAUUAUACAUUUUAAUGUUUUACUUGUUUUGAAGAAUGUAAAAUAAUAAAAAUGGAAAUCCUUUUUGUUAGAGCCUUAUGAUCAUUGGAAAAAAACAGGCACAUUCUCCCACAAGAGGAAAACUUUGUAUCCAUUAGUGUCUGAAAACAAUAGGUGGUUCCAAUGCGGAGUUUUCAUUGCAGUUGCCCUGGGAAUUGCAUUUCCAAGCUCAUUUCAUCUGGUAUAAUCUAGUUAUAUGAGCUGGAAGGAUCUGUGGCUCUAAAGUCAGUAGGGAGCAGUGUCAUGAGGGGAAGCCAUGUUCAAAGAAAAGCUGAACAUACUUUCCAGUUUUUAUAGACACAACUCCAUCUCCACAGAACACCAACUAGUCAAAAAAUUUUUUAAAGAAUAAAGUCACUGGGGCG